ACGGGUGGAUAUCGUUGCGUCAAAUUUCACAAAUCAUGAAUGAAUUCUAAGUGCCGUCGCGCAUUUCUCAUGAAUUGAGGGUAUCGCCAGCUCUGGUAAGCCUCCUCUCGACCGCGGUGCACUUUGCGCGCCCGGGACCGAUCCGGCGACGCGAGAAACCGCGUAUUUUUCUCCCGGACGUUUUCUCAGUAUGUAAACAAACAUUGUGCCACACGCACCGCGAGUGAGCUGUCGAGCCUGUCGAGUCGCGCGAACGCGACGUCCCGAGAAAUCCCGCGGUUGUCGCGUAUAAUUAUCCGUGUUCUUUUUUCACAUUGUGUGCGCGAACACGCGUGGGAUGUGGAUGGACCAAAUUGUGCAAACCGCAGCGUGCUCCCUGUGCCAGCAUCUCUGAUGCACCAUCUCAAUUCCUUACCCUUACCACCACCUCGUCAGGCUGUUUUCUUUUGAAUUCUCUAUUUUGCAACACAGUGCAUAUCAAACCAUGAACGAAGUAAGCGGAGGAAAACAAGAUGUGCCCAAUACCUCGAGUUGGGAAGCCUUAUCGGGACAGUCGGUGUCUCCGUUGCCAGUCAUGCAUCACCAUCAUCAAGCGCUACAGCAGGAUACAAAUUCAUCAGUAGCGCAAGUUAUAGUUCCUACGCCCGUUAAGCUCCAAACACCUAUAUUAGCACCUGCGCCAACUGUAGCUGAUCACUGUCCGCAGCUUGGUCACAUACAACAACCACCUCUUAUAACUCAGGGUGCACCACCAGGUAGCUUUCCAGAGCUCGAGUUAUCUCUAGAACUCCAGCAACAAGGCUGGAAGAAGUUUUGGAGUAAACGUGAAAAUCGGCCAUAUUUCUGGAAUAAAUUGACCGGAGAAUCUUUGUGGGUAGUACCUUCCUUGAAACCACAGUUUGAUCCAAUCACGGACCCACUUGGCAUUUGUGGCGUACCACCUCCGCCUGGAAAUGGAACUAUUCCACCUAGUACACCAGGUGCUACAUUAAAACGAAGAGCAUCAGAGGAUGGAGCUGUUCCACCUGCAAAGAAAUUUGUAUUGGCGGGUCCAUGGGAUUUGGAGAUACCUACAAAUGUUAUAAUAUAUGAACGAGCACCGUCAAAUUUGAUGCACGUUCAUCCUGAGGCAGAAGCUCUUCGCUGCGCUUUGCUAUCAAAGCUACGGCAGUGUUAUCAAGAGUUAUGUCACACUCGCGAAUCUAUAGACGCGCCGAAAGAUUCCUUCAACAGGUGGCUAAUGGAACGGAAGGUUAUCGAUUGCGGCUCAGAUCCGCUGCUACCGAGUCAAUGCUUCCCCGAGAUUUCAAUGUCCAUGUAUCGCGAGAUCAUGAACGAUAUUCCCAUUAAAUUGGUAAGGCCGAAAUUCACGGGGGAUGCGAGGAAGCAAUUGUCGCGUUACGCCGAAGCAGCAAAAAAUAUGGUAGAAUCAAGGGCGGCGUCAUCCGAGAGUCGGAAGGUGGUCAAGUGGAACGCGGAAGACACCUUCCAGUGGUUGAGAAGAACGGUGGGCGCUACGUUCGACGAUUUCCAGGACAGACUCGCCCAUCUGAAGCGACAAUGUCAACCGCAUCUGACAGCGACCGUUAAAGCUAGCGUUGAAGGCAUAUGCCUGAAAAUUUAUCAUCUGUCGACAGAAUAUGCGAAGAAAGUGAAAGAUAAAAACAACCAGAUCCUCAAAGACAAUGGUCUGGGGGACGUUAUACCGUUAGGAGGCCCUGCUAGCACGCAGAGAAAAGUUUGGUGUUAUCCAGUGCAAUUUUCCCUUCCCACGCCGAGACUUCCACAGGUUGAUUACCUCCCUGAGCGCGAGCAAAUAAUGCUGCGCUUUCACGGUGACACCAUGUAUAUUAAUAACACGCACUUUGCUAAACUAGAACAUUUGUAUAGGUAUAACGGUUUCGACGACAAAAAGUUCGAAAUGUUUCUGUCACGCGUUUGGUGUAUGCUGAAACGCUAUCAAACGUACCUCGGGAUCAACGAGGGCCAAGCAACUCAAAUGGCUCUUCCAGUGACGGUUUUUGAAUGCCUUCAGCGGUCAUUCGGCGUAACGUUCGAAUGUUUUGCCUCGCCUCUGAACUGUUACUUUCGGCAGUAUUGUUCAGCGUUCGCCGAUACAGACUCUUAUUUUGGAUCAAGGGGACCAUUCUUGGACUUUAGGCCGGUCAGCGGAUCGUUUCAAGCAAAUCCACCCUACUGCGAAGAACUUAUGGAAGCUAUGGUCAACCACUUCGAGCGUCUCUUGGCUGAUUCGGCCGAGCCUUUGUCGUUCGUGGUAUUUUUACCGGAGUGGCGUGAUCCGGCUCCUAAUGCGCUCAUAAAACUUGAGGGCAGUCACUUUAAGCGCAAACAAGUAGUAGUACCCGCUAUGGAACACGAGUACAGACACGGAUUCCAACAUAUUCUUCCAAAAGGUGAAGUAAACAUCCGAGCAGUCCACGGCACGCUAGUUGUAUGGUUACAAAAUCCGGCUGGCGCUGCGCGAUGGGGACCUACAGAAGAGCGAGUCGAAGCUUUAUUGGAAGCGUGGCGACCGGGUCGGGAACGAGAAAGGGAUAGGCAAGAGCUUCUUUCCCCGCCGCGACAAACGCAUCAACCGAUACCGUCAACGCCAGUACCUGUACCGACAACACCAGCUACACCGACGGUGCCAUCUGUACAACCGCUACCAAGUCAUCCUAUAUAAUUGAGUGAUAUAAUAUAGUUGAACGAUCUUCGUGUGAGAGGAGACAACGUAUAAAUAUAAAAUAGGAAAAUUAGUUUCCUAAGCUUGGAGAUAAAUAUGAUUUAUCUCUUGUAAUAUAACUUCCUUGUUAAGGAAAUUCAUUUUAUAUUUUAGCAGAUAUAAAAUAUAGAAAGAAUAAAGUGUAAAAAAUGAAAGAAAUGUUAGGUAAUUAUACACAGAGAAAUUAAACAGUCAUAACAUAGAAACGAUAUAUAUAAACGUUACUUUAUAAUCAACAAUAUAUUCAUACCCUUAACGGCAUGAAUAUCAGUUACAUUUUGAAUCAAUUUCUACGAAAUUGAUUCUUGAUAACUGAUGAUUGAUUGAUGAACAUUAUUUGAUUCUAUAUCGGCAGCGGAGUAAAAUCCUGUUGCUCACUUCUGUUCAGCCUUGAUAAACGGUAAAAUUAAUGUAAGGAUUAUAUUGAGAACCGUACAUCUAAGGUAUAUAAAAAGAGUUUACUUAUCAAUAAAGCAAGCGCACAUUGCAGAAAGUCUAAACUUUGCAAUAGUGGUUAAUUGUUGUUGAUCAAUGCGUUGGACUUUGUGACGUGUGAUGCUUUAAAUAUUAUAUAUACUUGCUAUGCAAGAUAAAAAUUGAUACUAUUGUAAAUUUCAGAAGAUUAGGUAUACAGGAAUAACAAAUGUACAGGUGUAUGUUGUAUGUAUGUACUUGCGCGGAUGUAAGUGGUAUGGUAUGUAGGUUGUAUGUGUCGCUUAUCUCUGCUUAUUUGUGGCCGGAAAAAAAAUUGUAUAAAAAAAACUGCGAUAAAAUUGUUCACCAUAUUUUUAACCAUGACAAUCUUUUUCUUUAAUAACAAAGAGCAUAUGUAGGGAAAAAAGCUAGUUACGUAUUUCGUUUGAAAUAGCUCUUUGCCGGUGCAAUAUUUUGUAUCAGUUUAUAACUGAUAACCACGAGAGAGAGAGAGAGAGAG